GAUAUAAACAAUAAAGUGAUGUCAAGUCAUGUCUAAUAAUAACAUAAUAUUUAAUAACAAUAUAAUUAUGUAUUUAAUUAUAAAUCAAUUGAAACCAUGUAUUGAUUAAUACUUGAUUACCGAUGAGGUGUCGGCCUUGAAGUGACCAUUAAAAUGAACGACCGAUUUGUUGUGAGCAAAGGUGGCACUAGUGUGUCAACGGAUCAAGUGUUGGUCACUUCUGGCCAUUCAGUCAAUCAGCCGAACGGUUCAUAUUUGACUUUCUGUCCGACACAGACAUUGGUGGACAACAAUUCAAAUGAAAUGAUUAGUCAACAAAACAGUCAUCCGAGUCAUCAACACAUUCAAAGGCAUGACAACAACCACUCGUUACCUCCGAUGAGCUCAUUCGUGGCCAAUGUCACCACUAAUGUCUCGCAAACAGUCACGGCUAAUGUCAACUGCGAGCGGACAGUUAGCACAACUCACCCGAUGCUCAAUAGUCAAGACCUGAACAUUGAGUUACUGACGGCUCAGACGGCCAACGAUUUGGAGGCUUAUAAUAACGAUCCGUUGGACCAAACAUUUGUCGACGCCUUAAAUAUGUCUCAGUUUGUAUUUGACCCGUUUCUUACCGACGGCCAAUCAAUUGCAGCUCAAGUUAAUAGUAAUACUGAGGAAACUGUUUAUUAUUCAUCAGAUAUGUCAGAUUUGGCGGCCACUCAAGUGUCAACACAAACAUCGACCAAUACAACCAAUGCACAAGCAUUUGGUUUGACUAUAGGUCCACAUAUAAGCGAUAUCUUCUCUGUAUUGGAUUCACUGGAAACUGACGCCUUAGCAGAUAAUCUUUUAAAUGGUGAUCAAUACUGUACUACCGAAUCAUUAGUUGCGUCAAACAACUUAACUAACAACUCAUUUAUGUCGCAAACUCAUCAUCAUCAGCAACAACAUCAUCAUCAACAUCACCACCAAACACAAGCACAACAACAACAUCCGCAACAAAUGCAACCAACUCUUCAAAUUGCGGCUAAUUUGUCAUCCAAUCAACUGACCCCUCGUUCACAAGCAGUUCAUUUGACACCAAUUGUUUUGCCAGCGAUUUCCACACAACAUAUGAUGACAAUGACUAAUACAACGCAGUCAUUAAUACAUAGCAAUGAUACGACAAAUGGUAAUCCAGUUGUUAAUAAUGCACUUCCAGUUAAUAUGAAGCAUAUCGAUGCUCAAAGUAUUGACAAAUCAAAUGCCAAAUCUAUUAAUAUAAAUGACAAUAAAGUAUCGAUUCAUUUGACACGAUUUGAAGAUAAAGAGUUGAUUGAAGAGACGAAAUGUUUUAAAUGUCUUAUUUGUAACUUUAUAUCACUUGAAAAAUCUGUUGUCAGUAAACAUUUGAUUGAAAAUCAUAAAAGAGAAACAAAAGUUACUUCAGAUGAAGAUAACUCUAAAAUGAUGGUCAGUAAGAAGGCAAACACUUACAUGUGCUCUAAAUGUUUUAAAGGUUUUCCAACACUAUUAGCUUGUCGUCAGCAUAUGGUUAGUCUACAUAAGCUUAAAGUUGAUAACGUUACUCUUGAAACUAUUGAAAGUGACCAAAAUAUAAGUCCAAUUAAAGAUAAAAUUGUCACAAAAAUAUUACAAAAGGAAGUUCUCAGUGAAACAAAUGACAAUUUACAGAAUAAAAAGGCAUCAAAACUUAGACACAUUUUACCCAAUGGUAAGGUUGAGGUACAACAGGAACAGCUUAUUUCAAGUGGAAAAAAGACUAAACAAGUGAUCGUUACAAAAAUACAUGAAAGUAAUAAUAAUAACAUUGAAAGCAUUAACAACAAUAUGACUGAUAAUAACAAUCAAAAUAAUAACACAACAAACAUAUUGAAUGGUAAUAGUGUUCAACAUAACAAUCAUGUGAAUGUCAAACGGUUGGCCUGGAAGAAAAAGGUCAAACGAGAACAGGGAACCUAUAUUUGCGAAUUUAAGGGAUGUUCUGUACGAUUCAGGGCUAUAGACAAUCUACAGAAACACCACAGAUGUCAUUCAGAUACCGGUUCUGGAUUUGUGUGCUCUAAUUGUAACAAAAGUUGUGAACAGUGGUCAUCAAUGGCUGGUCAUCUUUGGCGAUGUCAUGGCAUUGAUUUAGAGCUUCACGCGUGUGAACACUGUUCGUAUAGGACAUACAGUCUAAGUAUUUUAGAGAAUAUUCAUAAACGGAUUCAUAGCAAUGAAAAGAAUUUUCUUUGCGAUACCUGUGGUAAAGGAUUCAAAAAUUGCAAACAACUUAUCAAUCAUAAAGUUAAACAUGUGGUUAAAACAUCAGUCGUGAAGACUCAUGAGUGUCACAUAUGUUUACGUCAGUUCAAUGACGCCCGACAAAAGAAAGUGCACUUAAACAAUGUGCACCAUAAGACCCGUCCUUAUAUUUGCAACCAUUGCAACCAUUCAGCCGCUAGUCGUAGUGCCUUAAGAACUCAUAUGAGACAACAUACAGGAGAAAAGCCAUUUAAAUGUGAUAAAUGUAGUUAUAGUACAAGUGAUCACAACUCACUUCGUAGACAUAAAAUGAGACAUUCUGGGGAAAGACCCUAUAAAUGUCCAUUUUGUAGCUAUGCUUGCAUUCAGUCUAGUACUUAUAAACAACACUUGAAGAACAAACAUCCGGGACUUAGUGAAGGAAUUAUGUUUAACUGUCAGUUCUGUGACUUCAAAACAGUCAAUCAAGAUAUGUAUGGAACGCACAUGUCUGAGCACAUGAGGAAUGGCUACAAUGGACACAAGGAUGCCAUUAAAGACAACAACAAACUUGAGACAGACUCUGACACUUUGUCAAUGGCUCCGGACAGCCCUACACUCCGUUUUGCGUGUAUUGUCGGACAAACGAUUUCGAGUCAAACAAAUACUCCGAGUGUUUCCUAUGCAUCGUAACAGUUGUUAUUAAUUUAUAUCAAUUCAUUUGAUUUUUACUUAUUUGCUUCUUUCCAAUACUAAGUCAUUAAUUGUUGGGAUUUUAGCCUUAAAUACGGUUUUUUUUGCAAAUGGGA